GGGGUUUCUAAUGUACUUUAAUCCUUUUUUGUCUAUGAAAUUAUCUAACUACAGACAUUAGAGCUUGCUGUACUUUUCCUAGCAGUGCUUGGUUUUAAAUUGCUAUUAGGUAAAGCCUGUUCUCUAGCUCCCAUCAGAGAUGCAUCUGCACUGAUUGGACUUCACUCGUUUUCUAGUUUCAGUGUGUUGGUAGUGGUGGAGUGCUGUUGGAAAUAAUUUUUUGAAAGAUUUUGUUUCAUAACAGUAAUUGUCACCAAGGCAGGCCUUGAUGAGGACAGAUCUUUGUUCUUAGAAGUGGUGUUCAUUUUGAACUCUUUACUGUGGAAAAUUCAUAUUUGCUUCAAGGAACAUAUACCUAAUUUAGUAACUUUUCUGUCUUUUUGUUUUUUGAGGUUUCCUUGUUCUGUUUUGUGUAUGUAUAUGAAGUCCAUCAACCAGCCUAUCUAAAUCUUAUGUGGCAACUUUAACGUAACAACAGUUCGUUGACCUCUGUUUUGAGAAGCUUGUCUUUUUUGGUGGUACUGAGCUUCGAACUCGGUCUCCUGCUUGCUAGGCAGGCACUGUACCAUUUGGGUCACUUCAUGAGCCAUUGAGAAGCUUGAAUAAAAAAUACCUUGAGCAAGGAAAACUUGCAUGGAUAAUCAAUCGUAGGUAUUACUUAAAAUAUCAGUCCUGUAUAAAGAUGGGAUUAGAAGUCAGAAACUAAAGCUUGGAAACAAUAUCUGUGGUGAAGAGAAGCAUACCUUUGAAGUUUUUUUUUCAUGUAUCAGAUCCAUCAGAGUGAUAGAUAUGCAUCUUUUCCCACUUUCAUUCUCAUUUCCUUCAUAAUCAUUAAAGUGAAGGUUUAAGUGUUUAGAGUCUUGGUUUUUCCUAGUAAAGCACCAAAUGAAGCCAUAGAGCUCUGGCUGACUCUUGUUGAAGAUGGUGUUGUCUAGUAUUCUGUCCCAGGUGUUUAUAUCUCAGAAGACUGAACAUAUGUCAUCUCUAGCCUCCUUAUCUACUUACAUGGAAACUGGUUCUUAACCCUGGAAGAAUCCUAGUAGCAGGGCAGUGUUGCUUUCCAGUAUAUCCCCAGCACAGUUCCUGGUACCAUGGCAAGGUAAUGGUCAGUAAUAGCAGAUUCUUGAGCAUUUGUUUUGUAGCAGACACUCUGCAAAUAGUUCAAAAGAAUAUAUUCUAUCAAAUUCAGAAGUUUACUCCAAAAUGAUUUGAGAUGGCCUUACAGAUGAGCAAACAUGGACUGCAAAAGCUUAGAUGACUUGAAGAAUGCAGUUAAUCCUUCACAGAGUUCAGAGAUUAGCAGAGUACGGAAAGACAUGUACAAUGACACAUUAAAUGGCAGUACAGAGAAAAGGAGUGCAGAAUUGCCUGACGCUGUGGGACCCAUUGUUCAGUUACAAGAGAAACUCUAUGUGCCUGUAAAAGAAUACCCAGAUUUUAAUUUUGUUGGGAGAAUCCUUGGACCGAGAGGACUUACAGCUAAACAGCUUGAAGCAGAAACAGGAUGUAAAAUAAUGGUCCGAGGCAAAGGCUCAAUGAGGGAUAAAAAGAAGGAGGAGCAAAAUAGAGGCAAGCCCAAUUGGGAGCAUCUAAAUGAAGAUUUACAUGUACUAAUCACUGUGGAAGAUGCUCAGAACAGAGCAGAAAUCAAACUGAAGAGAGCAGUUGAAGAAGUGAAGAAAUUACUGGUACCUGCAGCAGAAGGAGAAGACAGCCUGAAGAAGAUGCAGCUGAUGGAGCUCGCAAUUCUGAAUGGCACCUACAGAGAUGCCAACAUAAAAUCACCAGCCCUUGCCUUUUCUCUUGCAGCAACAGCCCAGGCUGCUCCAAGGAUCAUUACUGGGCCUGCUCCUGUUCUCCCACCAGCUGCCCUGCGUACGCCUACGCCAGCUGGCCCUACCAUAAUGCCUUUGAUCAGACAAAUACAGACCGCUGUCAUGCCAAACGGAACUCCUCACCCAACUGCUGCAAUAGUCCCUCCAGGGCCCGAGGCAGGGCUGAUCUACACGCCCUAUGAGUAUCCCUACACGCUGGCCCCGGCUACGUCAAUCCUUGAGUAUCCUAUUGAGCCCAGUGGUGUACUAGGUGCGGUGGCCACUAAAGUUCGAAGGCACGAUAUGCGUGUCCAUCCUUACCAAAGGAUUGUGACCGCAGACCGAGCCGCCACCGGCAACUAACCUAUGACCUUCUGACCUCUGAACUCUUCACCCAAUGAUGACCUGACCAUGCCUGCCUGCUGAUCAGUUAACUGGUAAUCGCCUUUGCUUGCCUGUCGUCAGUGCAGCGAGCUGAGGCACUUGUCCGUUCGUCUUACCAUCUAACCAAACAAAAGACAAAGAAAUUGUCCUCCAACUCAGCUUCCCCCCCCCUCCCCCCGUUUGGGUGAAAGUGGUUCUAGAAACUGCACUGAAUAGUAGUAAAGCAAUAAGGCCCAAUUCAUCCCACAGCACUGGUCAUCUUUCAAUGCCCCACCCUAAGCGAACGGUAAGAAGGGGAGACAGACGGCCCUUAACUACUCGAUGACAGAGGCAGUUACUGUGAGAGACUUCUAGGAAUCUUUUUCUUCUCAUAGCGAAGUUAAAAAGCUCUCUCUGAAUGUACUGUGUGAUGAUGCAUCAUGCAUGAACCUUUGGUCAGGGAUGUCAUUGGUGAAGUGAUUUCAAAAAGUAUUCAAAAUUUGAUAUGCUGUUUUGUCACUACAGUGCCCUCAAAGGGCAGAGUUGCAGCCUUUUUUAUAUUGCCUGCCAAAAUUUGAAGUAUUAGAAGAAAGUGUGCCAUGAGAGAAGAAAAAAGGAGUUUUGAAAAGUAAUACAAACAACAAAACUGCAACACUAUUUUUUAAAAAGAUGAAUAUCUGAGUUAAAAUUACCAAACAUUUAUUUUACACCUCCUUAAAAAAAAUAUAUGAGAACAAGGUACAUGCAUUAUGUGUCACAUUACUGGGCAAACUGUUUGAGUAUUUUUUUUAAACCUCCCUGUAUAGAAAAAAAUCAUUAAGGAUGUAAAAGCCAUGCUUGCCUAUUUGCUGUAUACAUGUAAUGAAAUUGUAGAUAAAGUGUAGUGCAUUGAAACAAAUGAACAAAAAGUAGAUACUUUUACUAUACAAGGGUGCUGGUGCAGAAAAAAAUAUAUAUAUUUUUGGAAAUGUAGCAUUUUAUACUUUCAAGUGUUAUAAAAAAAAACGAAAAAGAACAAAGAAAACCCUUUAUUUCAUUAAAUGAUUUUUUCUGGUGGUUGUCAAGAAACAAAAGACCAAAAGAGCCUUUUUGUCUUUCUUUUUUAUUUUUUAAGUAUUGGAAUAAGUCUAAAGAAAGAAAGUGCCUUAUUUUCCUUCACGGUCAUUUAGUCAAGUGUCCUGUAAGAUCAGCUCCUCCCUCAGAAUAAAAGUUAAUGCAUGUUACUCAGUCGCCCAGUAUGUGAACGAAGAUAUGAGGGGAGACAAAUGAGUUGAUGGUUUGAAUUAUAUGAUUUGUGCCACGUUACCUUGACGCGAAUUUGCCAAAUCUGAUACUGUGAAAAAAUUUGAUGACUUUUCUUACGUGUGAUGAGUAGGAAGUUUUAAAACAUCAUUCUUUUAGAAAUCAUAAUUGAAUAUUUUUGGUUAUUACAGUUUGUAUCAUUAGCCCAAAGGAUUCUGAAAUACAAAUUAUGUGAGAUCUGAACAUCAGUUUACAGACAGAAUUAGAGCUUUAUUUUAUUUGGAGAAGAGAUAAUAUAUUGGAAUUUCUUUUUAACUAAUUGGAGAUAAUAGUAUACCUAGCAAAUUUUUUUCACAAAAAUGAAUAUUUGUGAUUUUUCAUCCUGGAAAACAGUGUUUUUAAACAAGCUGAAUUUAAUUAGACUUCUUUAUAUCAUACCAGAAUAACUUGUGUAGUCCAUCUCUUGCUGGCUUUAGUAAUCGCCCCAUAUGCACACCUUUUUUUUGCCCUUUUUUUUUUUUUUCAACGUUAAAGGAAUGUGAGAAAGUAGCAUCUAGAUCUGCCUAUAGAUAUGCGACUGCAUUUCAGUUUAAACUUCCAUUUUCUCAUGAAGUUGAAACAGUUUUGUAGUUGAAGCAAUUUGUGUGCAAAGCCUGCAUCUAACACUUGAGUGAAUAAUCAUUAAACUGUUCAGUACCAGAUGUGGCAAAUCUCAAGUGAUGGUGGACUCCCAGCUCAUCAACUCAUGUCCUCUUCCAUACUUCAUGGCUUCACAGUCAAGGUCAGCAGGAAGCUCAGUCGUUACCUUCACGGUGACCUCGCCAUCAUCUUGUCUCACUUGGAAUCGUUGUCAGUUUAUUUACUAUGCAAUAGACAGUCAUUGUUUUGUACUCAGCUAGCUUUGAUUUACUGUGCCUCUGCUGUGUCUUUCUGUUACACAUACAGUUGUUUUCAUUAACUUACAGUAUAUACUGUGCCAUUUUGAGUUUUCCUUUGGUUGAUUGGUAGAAUAAAUUUGCGACACUCAAACUCUUGAGGUGACAGUAAGAACAGUUCCAGUGUUUGAACCAGUCUCAUCUCAACUCUGUUACACCUGGAUGUUUUAGAUGUUUAUGAAAGGUCUUUUACAGGGAAGAAAGUAAAUGUAUGAAACAAUAAACGUGUGACAUUGAUGAGUAAUGUUGGCUCUGAACAAACUUUUGAAAACUUAAGUUGACAAAAUUUUGGAUCAACUGAAAAAAAGCAUGACUUUGAAAUCUCUGAAUGCCUUGGUUCUCAGUAUUAUCAUUCUUUAUUGAAUUUAUUUCUUAUUAAAGUAUGUAGUUUUUAAGACUUUUUUUCUGACAGUAUUAUGUAAUUUUUUUAGUGUGGGUAGAUGGGAGUGUCGCUUGUAUGUUUCCGUGCAGCUGACAGCGUUUUUUGUCUUUUCUUUAUUAUCUUAGUUCCAUGCCAUGUAUGUACCAUAACCAACCGAUUGCCUAUGAGAAACAUGUAAGAUAAUGUAUCUACAGCCACUGUUACAAGUUUAUAAUGUAUUUUUCUAUCUUGUUUUAUAUGUAUGUUAUAUAACAUUCAAAAAGAAUUUUUUUCUUGAUUGAGAAAAGGAUACAAAAUGCAAAAUUCACAAUUUUGAUAACUGAAAAUUGCCAAUUGUUUUGCAGUACUUUAUUAUAUUGGGUGUCUUGUCUUUCUUGGGCUUUUAGUUAGCUAAUGAAUGAAUAUAUUAGACACUUUGGGUUUUAGUUGGGAUUUUACAUAGCUUGCAUUUUAAUUCUUUGGUUCUUUGCUGUUUCUAUUAACCCAUAGCAUUAUUUUAAUAAAUGUUAUAAUACCAACCUACUAACUCUGGACUAUGUCUGUUUAUUAACCUUUACAUGUUUAAUUAAAAUAAACAAAUAAAGACAAAAGAAUGUAAAAUCUUGAGUUACUGGACUAACCCUGAAGAACGUGACCACAGAUAACAUAGUGUGACUUGUUUUUUUUAUGUUUGUUAGCUGACAACUCUGCACACUACUGUUACAUGGCUUUGGUUAUUCUGGCCUUUUACUUUGGGGGGGUGGGUACCAGUAGAGAUGGGAACAAAGUAGAAUUUGUUUGAGGUAUUCUAGUUAUGCCACUUGCCUUCAGCAUCUGCGUUACUAAUUUCACACUUUCUUAUUUUUCCUUCUCCAAAAUAAUCACUGACUGCUCACAGCAUAAAGAGUACAGAAACGCAUUGUAAUGAUACAUAUCUUGGGAAACCAGUUUGAUUCAUUGUUGAACCACUUAUUUUUAAUGUCUAUAAGUAGGUAAUUUUAUGGUCACAUUAUAAAGCAAAAAAUCUGUUGAUAUUUUACCUAUAUUAAGAUUUUUGCUUCAACUUGACAUGUUCCUUUGUAUAAAGUAUUGAACUUGUUUAGCCAACAUCUCUGAUUAGAGGCGUCUCACAUAGGUAAGGCCAGAAGCAGAUUGGGUCUGUUUCUUAUGACAAGUAAGUCAUGAAUAACCACCACACAUCCCCAGUGCACUGUGGGGCUUUCCUCAGGUGGUUUCUCUCUCAUUCACUUCUAAAACACUGUAGCUAAUACUGAUGAUACAAGAAAUUUAAGGAGGAAGAACACUGAAAUUUGAAAAAUCAUAUGUAUAUUAAUUGCCUGCAUCCAAAUAAAUUUAAGAAGAUUCUUUAAAUAUCCUCACACUUUUCUUGGCUGGCCACAACCUGUGUAAAUAGAUUUCUGAUUAUGACUUCUUUAACUCUUGAGGUGUGUUUUUGUGUCACAGAUUGGUAAUUGCUUUCUCUGUGAAACAGUUCUUUGUAAUAAUAAAAAUUCUCAGGAUGAAUUUUGAGUUUGUAAAUAAUGGCUUAUUUUUGUAUAUUAUUUAUUUGGAGUUCUAAAAUUUAGGGCUGAAACAGAUUACAAGAAGUGGAAGUCAUAACCAAACCAACCUAUAAAAGUAUUUUCAUAUUUGUGAAUGCAUGUAUGAAAUUCACAGAAUGAUGAUACCUGAUUUAAUCACCAUUGAAAUGGUGUUUUUGAAUCAUGUAAAUGAAUAUAGUCAUUUGAUGUGAAGAGCAGGCAGUGUGUUAUUGUUAGUUAGAUCUAUGCUACUGUCUAAAAAGUUUUCAUUGCCAUAACAUGUUCGUAUAUUGUGAAAAAAUUUAAAGAUUGCUGUCAAGCUGAUAAAUAAGUUGUUAUGGUAUCAUGUCACUUAAAUUGAUGAAGGAUUUCUAUGCAAUUUAAUAUUCUCUGAGGCCUAUGAAUGUAGACUCAUCUCAUUUUCAAUUAAGGGUACUUCAUGUGUAAUUAUGUCAUAUUGUCACCUUUUCUAUUGAAGAUGUUGUAAAAGAUUACUUUUUGAAGGGUGAAAAUAGUACUGCAAAUCCCCUUUUUAUACAGGUUGCUAUAGUAUUAAACAUGAAACUGCCAAAUUGCUGGAAGGGAAAAUUCUAGAGUCACAUUAUUGUUUGAUACUGUGACUUGAUAAAAAUGAUUGAUAGGUGUGAGCUUUCAGUCAAAAGGUUAGUGAAAUUAAUGUACUUAGGUCAUUUUUAUUUUUCUUUAGGCCAAAUGUCAAGAAAAUCACAGCAUGAAAAUUCACACACACCCUGGUGCAGUAGCUUUGUGUGUGGUAAAGUCCAUGUGGGGAUCAGUGAGGAGCCCUGUCAGUAAAAUGAAGUGUGUGUACACACUCAUGAUAGGUAGUUGGCUAAGGUUUUCUAAGUACUACAUGAGUGUAAAGAAUCUGAAUAUUUGAGUACAACCAAAGGAGAUGGUAAGUUUAAAUGAAAUUGCUCAUCAUCAAAUCAAGAAUUUCUUUAUUGAUGAAGUCUUAACCUUUUGAUAUCUUCUGUGAUAGUUUGAAGGUUUUUUGUUGUUUGACUGGAAUGGGUUCUCUGUCCUUACUCCUUGAUAACAACAAAUGCUACCAAGUCAUAAUCCAUUUGCUUAGCAAAUACUAAAAUACUAUUUUCAGAAAACUUCUUGGCCUCACAAAUUUUUUAAGUACAUAGAAUAAUGGUUUACAUUAAAUUGAAAGACUUUUUUUAUAGAAUAGAUAUAACAAAAUUAUAUGUACACCUAGUAUUCAAUGUUGAAUCAAACUGGUUAACCUGCAUCACAAUACUUUCAAUGUUUCUGCUGCACUAAUUGCUUAGGAUUGGGAGAAAGGAGGAAUGAUUAAUUCAUGGUAGAUAGAAGUGGGUGGUAGAUGUAGCAAAUAGCAGCACCCAACAUACCUCUUUAAAAGUGCUAUUAUUGAGAAGUUUUGAUUACCAACUAUACAUUUUACAGUUUAUAUUAUAGUGCUAAGUCUCAAACAUUUAGAAUAUUACUUGUGGAAAUUUAAGUUGGAAUAGGUGUUCCCACAUCAUAUGUAAAUUGCAAAUGACUUUACAUGACGUGCAAUAAACCAACUGGAAAGCAUGCAUAUGCUUCAUCCUCUCAAGCUAGUUUUAGCUGAAAAUGCUGCUUACCCCUGUCCCCAAAAUAGAAAACGUUAGGAUAAUGCACGUUUUAGACUUCUAUUGGUGUUUUUAACAUUAUUUAAAAAUUAAAGAAUCUGACAUUCUGGAGUUCUGAUAUCCUUUAAUGAGAAGAUGGCCAUAGUAUUUAAUUUGAUCUCAGUGAUUAAAAGAAAGAAAUCAGUAAACAAGCCUCUACAGUGUUUCUCAGUUGGACCGUGUGUAUAAGAUAGUUAUUCCUAAUUAUCUUUUAUGGGACUCUGGUAUAAUCUCUGUGUAGUUUGUAAAUAUAAGAAAGAUGACUAGGAUGUAACUUAUAUGGUAGAGUGCGUGCCUGCCAUGCACUGGGUUUGAUCUCCAACACCAUGCACAGCAAGAAAAACACAGUGUUGACCCAAUCUUGAUCUCAUCUGCUGUGUGAAAAGGACUAAUAUCGUCAAUGUCUUGAACAGCAUUGAAGAAUUAAGAGGAAGAUUGUUCCCAGUAGCUUGAUGUCUUUCCAUCUUGACAUCCAAGUUUUAUAACUCCUUGCACCUUAAGUUUCCUAGUCUCCCUUAUUUGUAGACUCUCCAGCUUCCUUUGCCUGCUUUCUACUCAUUUACUGGGCUCUUCCUUCUCAAUGGUAUACUUUUUUCACAUACCUGCGAAAGUAGCUAACAAGUAUAGUUUAGCCAUAGCACCAGUUACAGCCUAGGGGGGCCAGAGAUGUGUUUGGUCUGUGUAGUGUUGUUUUGCUUUUUUGGGUACUUGCCAACAUUAAAACUCUUCAUAAAAAGUCUGCUGGUCUUCAAAGAUCAAACUACCUGGAAAGCUCAAACAUGCAUUCGAACGGUAGCUGGCGUGGCAGCUGAAAAUAGAUAGUUCAGCUGUCUCCUUAAACCAAACACAUCCUGUUUAUCCAUCAUCCCGCUACCCCUUAACUGAGUGUCACACUUGAGCUGUUACUGUUUCCUUCUCCUGUCUUGCUUUAAUCAUGUCCUCUCCUCCCUGGUUCCUGUGGACACUAUGCUUGUUUCUUCUAGUCCAGAAUGAUGGUAUGGCUCUUCAGACAACAAAGAUAACUUUCUCAAAAGGGAUCAUGUAAAAUAGGUUUUAAUCAUUUUCCUCCUGGAAAAUCAGAUGAAUAUGGUUUCUAAAUUCAUUGAAAAUAUCAGGCACUGAAAUGUAUCUCAAUAUAGGAAAGAACUUGUAUUGGGUAAAGAAGCUAGAUGACAUUUGGGUUUCUUUCCUGAUGGGAUUUUUUUUAUAACUACCUGCUACAGUUUUAUACUCUUUGUGGUCUUGUACAGUUAAACUAGUUGAAUUUUUAACAGUUUUACUGUAAGUAUUCCACAUCGAAAAGCAAAUGCUAGUGAUGGGUAAGCUUGGAACCACAUCCCACCAGAAAAUACAUAUUAAAUUUAGAUUAUUCUUAUUAAGUGCCAUUGUGAAAUACAUGGCAUACACCUUCAUAAUAGUGCUUUUUAAUGUAUUGUACAGUACUUACAAUUUUCCAGAGUAUGUCCUAGGAUGAAAAUUGUGCCUUCUUAUGUUCUACGUGUAUUGGUUACUUAACUGGAUAUUAACGCUGUGGGGAAAAAUGAGUGUAAAUGAGAAAAAUUUGCAGGUAUAUUCUUGCAGCACUAUUUGAGUUGGUUCAAAAAAUUUCGAAAUGAUUCAUUUAACUUAGAACUUCUGUCAAGGUUGGUACUGAAUGAUAAAGUGCCUUGGCUGUACUUGAAACCUGAAUUUUAAAAACUGCUUUUACCCCAGUGUUGUGCAUGGUUUCACCUAUAAAAUUGAAAAGGACUAGUAGUGCAGUUGGAAAGUUGGUUUAAACUCAUUUUAAUGAGAUAAUUUAUAUUAGUAAUGCUUUUGUUCAGUGCUAAAAAGACAUUUUAAGAAAUUGUCCAGUGUUUAAACCGACUCGUUUCCAGAUGGUGGUGAACAGUAAAACUUGAAACUGGUGGGGGAAGCACAAUGUGAAAACAUCUGAAGCUAAAUUCACAUUUAUUCUCAGAAGGAAAGUAGAUUAGCAACUCAGACAUGCAAAUGUCUUACUCCAAACCAGUAUUCUGUCUGGCUUUAGUAUUUGGCUACCAGAAGUAGGGUUUCUCUUUG